AUGGAGGAGCGUUCGUUUUCACUUCAAUUUAAUCCUUUGCAGAGGAUCAAGACAGUCAAGGAGUAUGAGAACGAGAUUGAGGAGCUCCGCAAUGAGAAUUUUGAACUGAAGCAUCAAUUGCUGCACUACAAGGGGCAGCAGGGACCAGCAAUACAGGAGGAUAUUCAGAAGCUUCUUGUUGACAGCAAGCGAUCGAUAGACAUUCUUGAGGAGGAGAAUGAAGGGCUGAGCAAGCAGGUAGAGGAGAUGUCUGAGAGGAUAAGACGGAUGAUUUCUGAGAGGGAAGAUGUGGAGAAGAGGCUUGGGAUGAACGUGAAUGAAUUUUACAGCAAGAUGAAGAUGCUUGAGGAGGAGAAUGGAAGGCUUUUGAAGCAUUUAGAAGGCAUGAAUGGAAUGAAUGCAAAGAUAAGGGUGGAGAAUGAGAAGCUGAUUGAAGAGAACACGAGGAUAAGAGAGGAGAGUGCAAUAGUGAAUGAAAGGCUUAACCAGAGUAGAAGCGGGCUAGAGGAGCAGAAAGAAUAUGCAGAGAGGAUUGCCGAGGUGGUUGAAGAGAGGAUGAUGAUUGAGAAGGAGCUGCUGUCGUACAAGAAUGCGGUCUUGAAUUUGAACAAGGAGAGGGAUCAGCUUGUUUAUGAACGCGAAAGAGAAAGGGGAGAGUAUUGCGGAAGGAUCAGCCAGCUGCAGGCAGUGAUUGGAGAUUUUGAAAGCCGAGCCAAUGCAAAUGAAUGCGAGAUGAUGAGGAUGAGGGAGCACUAUGGAAAGAUGAAGAAUGAGUAUGAAGAGAUGUAUAGGCAAAGGCAAAGCGGAGAAUUGUAUGUGCAAGAGAUGAAAGAAAACUACAUGAGAGAGACUAAGGAGAAACAGGAGCUUGCGUUGAAGAAUGAGGGGAUAAAGAGGGAGAUUGAACAAUUAAAGGAUGUGAGAGCGGAGCUGAAGAAGAAGAUUGAAGUGUGUGAGAAUGAGAAAAGAGCGCUGUGCUAUAAGGUAUCACAAGAUAAGGCGUCUAAGGAUGAGUUUGAUAGAUUAAGAGAUGAGAUGGAUAUGCUAAGGAAAGAGAAGGAUGAGAUGAGAGACAAUGUGGAUAAGCUUAAGAAGCGCUGUGAAGUGUAUAUUGAAGAACUGGAGAAGUCGAAGGAUUUGCAAGGAGUUUUGAAAGGAUUUGCACAGGAAAAAGGAAAGGAAUGUGAUAGGAGGAUACAAGAGGUAGCGAAGAUUGCGGAAGAGAUGGAUGAAAAAGUAUGUUUGCUGUGGAGGAUGACAGGAGAGAUGAGGAAAAGCAAAGGAGAUGGAGAAUUAGGCAAGCAGGAGACUGAAUUUUUGCACAAGCAGAUAAGUGGAUUGAAAGGAAAGAUAGAUGAGUACCAGAAGAUGGCAAGGAUUGAUGAUGAAGGAGCGAAGUUUUUGAGAGGGCUUGGCAUCAAUCCGGGAGGGCAUCUGAAUGAGAUUGUUGUUAGGUUCCGAUGUGUGUAUAAGGAUGUGAUGAGGAAGAUGAAGCUGAUUGACAAGGAGGCCAAUGAAGUGAUGGGGUUUGCAGAGAACAACAAGGAUGUGAUGCACGAAAGAACAAUGAAGUAUCUUGAGGAAUUUACAAACGAGUUUAAUAUUGCAAGGAAGGAUCUUGAAGAGUGCAAGAAGUAUCUAGAGAAGAAGGGCAAGGAGAAUAAAGACCUGAAGGCAAAUAACCAAUAUCUUGAGAAGAGAUUUGAUGAAUGUAAGCGUAAUGAGGAGAGAAUAAAGAGUUUGUAUGUGAUUAUGGCAGACAAGUUGAAGAAGAAGGAUGAGGCUAUAUCUAGGCUUGAGAUGAGGAUAGGCGUGCUGUGA